AGAUCAAUACCAGGCUACUAACAAAAGAAUGUCCUUUAUUCAGGGGUCCACCAUAUUGGCACGGAUGGAAAGCUGUCGGUACCUCUAAUGGUGACAUGUGUGUAGUGAAGGGUGUCACCAACUACCCUUUUACUAUGAUCGGAAGCAAAUACAUCGAGAGUACAAGGCCCGCUGACGUCAUGGACGUCUUCACGCACGAGAUUGGGCAUCAGUUUUUUCUGCAUAAUAAACACCGCUUCGACCCUCUAGACGACGGAAAAUACCCGUGUCCCACCAAGAAACUGUUUGACUCAAAAUGUACCAUGGGGGGCAAUGAUUAUCCGAAGUCUUUCUGUUACGACUUCGUCGCCCAAAUCCGACAACGUGGCUUCAAUUGCCUAGACAAAAAACCAUCCCAGGGAGAGGUGCCCAAAUGUGGAAACGGAGUUCUCGACUAUGGAGAGGAAUGCGAUUGUGGAUCCAGUCAGGAUUGUCUAGAACGAAACCCGUGCUGUGAUGGCCAGAUAUGCAAACUGAAGCGAGGUGCCCAAUGUACGGACGAUCAGACCUGCUGCAAGAACUGCAAGAUGAACAUGGAGAAGUGUCCUGUAGAUUCAGCCGGCCCGUCCAAGCGAGCAUGGGUCCCAUUUUCAUACACGUCAACCUACAAAGAAAUUACCUCACCUACAUCCGGGACCUUUGUGGCGAUUCCGUUUGGAAGGCUUACUCCCCAGAACAAGGUGUUCAGUUGGCUGCUGCGGGCUCCGGCCGGACAGAGGGUCAGGGUCGAGCUGACGGUGCCGCAAAUGAAAUCCGAGUACUUCGAUGUUUGGAUCGGAUGCCCCUACGAUUGGGUGGAAGUGCGCGAUGGUGGGGAGGUGACGUCACCACUCCUUGGGCGCUACUGUACGCCUUUACGGAACCCCGUUUUAUGGUCUUCCUCAAACGAGUUACUUGUGAGACUACGGAGCGACAGUUCCUUCGACAGCCACUUCGUAAUCGAGUACGAGUUCACGACGGAAGAAGAUGAAAAAGAUGAUCACUCAGAAGAAGAGGGAACUUGUCUAACUGGGGACGGUGCAUCGUACCGUGGAACGUUGGCAGUCACAUCGUCGGGAAAAUCGUGUCAGGCGUGGAGCGCCCAGACUCCACACAGUCACAGUACAACCCCCGGAAAGUACCCCAACUCAGGUCUGGACAAAAACUACUGCCGGAACCCGAAAGGUGAACAUUCUACCCUUUGGUGCUACACAACCAACCCCGACAUGAAAUGGGACAACUGUUACCUUCCCAAGUGCGGACCCGAGGAAACUUGUCGAAAGGGGCACGGUGAAUCGUACCGAGGUACUUUAGCAAUCACAUCGUCGGGAAGACUGUGUCAGGCGUGGGGCGCCCAGAAGCCACACAGCCAUCGUUACACUGUGUCAAACUACCCCAACUCAGGUCUGGACAAAAACUUCUGCCGGAACCCGAAAGGUGAACAUCAUACCGUUUGGUGCUACACAACCGAUCCCGACAUGAAGUAUGAGAGCUGUGCGCUUCCCGAGUGCGGUACCGUCCUGGAGGACCUUGGGCCAGAAGUGCAAGAUGUCAUUAAGGAUGCAGGAGAGUGCUACAAUGGGAAUGGUGAGUCCUACCGAGGCACGGCGGCGUUAACCUGGUCACGCCAAGCCUGCCAGGCGUGGUCCCCACCGACGGGCAACCGCUUCUACAACCCGGUGGCUUAUCCGAAGUCGGACCUGACCAAGAACUAUUGCAGGAAUCCGGAUCCGGAAACGGCCGCUCCCUGGUGCUACCUUGAGUCGUCCAGCGACUCCAGGAAAUGGGCCUUCUGUGCCAUACCAAAAUGCCUGAAGAACAAAGGAGGAUAAGACAAUGUCAUGGUUCGUUCACCGAUCGCGAGAGCAGCACUCGGAUAUCGACGGCGUUUUAAGCAACUAGUCGUUCAUAAUGACGGAUAAUGUAUCUAGACAUUUUUUUCCAGAGGCCGCAGCAAGUAAAUUUUAUGGAUGACAUCCUAUGCAGAGUGCAGAAAUAAUGA